ACCACCACCACCAUCUCCCGUCUCCCCCGCUCCGGACGCAUCCAGUCGCCUCGCCUCGCCUCACCUCACGUGCGCGCCUCUAACUCGCCGCUCCGGUCAACCCGCCGCCGCAUGAGAGAUGGUACUACUAGAUGUAGAUCGUCCAAUCCGAACGCAUUCCUCUCCUCCCCGUCGGGCCACACCACCCACGGCCUGCCACAGUGUACGUCCCAUAAUUUAUUCUCUCCUUCCGCUGCACUUGUCUCCCGCAUUGGUUUAAAGGGAGGUCCACGGAGGGGAGAGGCGGUCCCCGAUGGCCCUGCGUCCCUCGCCGGCCUCCUCCCCCCACGCAUUGCCGGAUUCGAGGGCUCGCCAAGCGCCGCCGCCAAGUGUGCUGCUCUGGCAGGAGUAGUACGGGGGGUUUGCCUGCUUCUUGGCUGGGUUGGCCGAGGGCUUUGGUUUGGGAUCGCCGGAGCGCCAGGAUCCGGAGGUUCCCUCGAGGCUAAAGGUUCUUUAACAUUUGACUGUCGAAUUUGGUGCUCGGUCUUGAAAUUCAGAAAGAAAAAGGCCUUUGCUAGGUUCAACAAGCGAUGGCCUCCCCCGGUGAGGAAAAAAUGAAGGGUUGUCGCCCUAAACUUUUCGGUGCCAAGGAGAAGAAAUCUGCAAAGAGGACCGACAGUCCAGGCUGCAAUGCAGCACAUGAGCUUGGACCAAGUCCUUCUAAGACAGUAUCAGCUUCCCCCUUGAGAACACUUUCAGGAGUUAAGAGCAUACGUCUCAGCCAUUUCCUGGCCCAACCUUCUUCUAUUAAUAGAACAACUGAGCCCGUCAGAAUUUUUGUCUCUACCUGGAACGUCGGUGGGAAAGCACCUACUGCUGAACUGAACAUGGAUGAUUUUGUUCCACCUGAUGAUCGUUCAGAUAUUUAUGUGUUGGGUUUUCAGGAAAUUGUUCCUCUCAAUGCUGGUAAUGUGCUUGUGAUAGAAGACAAUGAACCAGCUGCAAGGUGGCUUGUUCUUAUAAACCAAGCACUAAACUGGCCAGCUGAUAAUGAUACCAAUGUCUUUCAGCAUCCGACAUCUCCAUCUGUUGAUUCUACUUCAUCUCGAGCUUCUUCAAGCCUUGACACUUCAUUCUCUGAAUUAACAAAAACAGCAAGUGGUUCCACAAUCUUCCAGAAAUCUUCCCUCAAAGCCAUUAGAAAACCUUUCAUGCCAAUGCAGAGAAAACGGCUUAAGGCCUGCAACUGCCCAGCAGAAAUGAUCAAAUCAUCGUACAGGGAUGCUUGCUUUCGGCGCCCGAAAAAACAUGCUGGCGAGACUGAUUCCUCAGGAGAGGAAGAGAAAGAGAACACGAGGGAUUCUUGCGGCUCUGUGCUAAGUGAAGUAACUUCCGCUCCCACCGCAAGGGAUCAGCUAAAAUAUAACCUCAUAGUAUGCAAACAAAUGGUUGGAAUUUUUGUCACUGUGUGGGUAAAGAAAGAACUAGUACAACACAUCGGCCAUCUAAGAACGUCUUGCAUAGGGCGAGGAAUUCUGGGCUGUCUUGGAAACAAGGGAUGUAUAUCAGUAAGCAUGACAGUGCACCAGACAAGCUUUUGUUUCAUCUGCAGCCAUUUGGCUUCAGGUCAGAAAGAAGGGGACGAAUUCAGAAGAAACUCUGAUGUUCUAGAGAUAAUGCGGCUCACACUGUUUUCGAGGCUUUGCAGGAAAAUUGGGCGAAGAAUUCCUGAGAAAAUUCUUGAGCAUGAUAAGGUGAUAUGGUUUGGGGAUUUGAACUACCGUAUUGCACUGAGCUAUGAAGAUACAAAAAGGCUUUUGACGGAAAAUAAUUGGGAUGCCCUUUUCGAAAAGGAUCAGCUAAAAAUUGAACGAGAUGCCGGACGAGUGUUCAGGGGAUGGAAUGAGGGGAAGAUAUAUUUUGCUCCCACAUACAAGUACUCCUCUAACUCGGAUGCAUAUGCUGGUGAGACUGCAACAUCAAACAAAAAGAGGAGAACGCCAGCAUGGUGUGAUAGAAUAUUGUGGCAAGGUGACGGCACUUCACAGUUGUCCUACUACCGUGGAGAGUCCCGAUUUUCAGAUCAUCGUCCUGUCUGUGGAACCUUCAUUGUCGAAGUUGAGGCACUAAACAGAAAGACAAAGAGGCGCUCAUCUAAUGCUGACAUGAAAAUCGGUGCUGAAGAGCUUUUACCAACGGACAAGAAUAAGGGUGUGUAUGUCAAGGCCAAUACAAAGUGACGAUAUCCCAUUGUGGCUUCCUGUUAGGCACAUCACGGAGUGUGAGCUUCCACAAAUAACACAAUAAUGUGCAUGCCAGUUCUACAAAGAAAAACGUAUAUGCAUCACGUUGUCAAGAAUCGUGCAUAGAUUUGUUUGGAUGACGGUUAAAAACCGGCCUGAUGCUCCUGUUUCAAACAGGGCAACAGACUCUGGAAGUGGAAGGAUAAUGUCUAGUUUUCAUUCCAUUUUUUCCCAACGCAGUCCAAAAGAAAAAGAUAAGUCUCCUUUUAAAGGAGGUGAUUUGGUUAUAUACCUGAUGAUAGGAUUAAACCAGCCAAUAUUCUUUGGUCUGUAAUUUUUCCAGUUGUAAGUAUAAUUGUACUAUGACAAGAUGAAGCAACAAAUUUCUUUUGACGGCAAUUUUUUAACAAGCCACGAGCAUUUUGAAAUGCGCAUAAUGUUCUUUUGUUCUUUCUACCGAUUUCACAGCACUGUGUCUUGCAACUGUGUACUCUUAUUUCAAAAGACAGAUAGAGUUAGGUAAUAGAAAUGCACAUAGAUGGAUGGAUUCAUAAUGUAUUACCCAUAU